AUGGCCGACGAAGACUUUGAGAUCGACAUCUACGGCUCCGCCGACAACGACACCCAAAACGAUGCACCCGGCCAAGAUAACAAUGCCCAGUCUUAUGAGAGUAACACGGCGAUUACAGUGGCAAAUGGCUCUAACAACUCCACCCAGCCCCAGGUCAACCGCCAUGAUGACCAUGGCUCCGAAGAUCAUCAUGAUCAUGACAUUGAUACAAACAACAACGAUGGUGCCGGCUCGCAUUCGAUCACUCAACAGCCCCAACAAGGAGUGAAACGGAAGGAGGGCUCAGAUGACAGACCCAUCGACCAUGGUGCUACCAGCUGUCUCAUGAUUUCGGAGCUGAACUGGUGGAACACGGACGAUGACAUCCGCAAGUGGGUUGUCCAGGCAGGAUGUGAGGACGAGCUCAAGGAUAUCACUUUUAGUGAGCACAAGGUGAAUGGCAAAAGCAAAGGCCAAGCAUACGUCGACUUCACCUCACAGCAGGCCGCUACUGCUACUAAACACCAGAUAGAUCAGGCUGAGUGUCCUGCGGGGUCCAAGAAGCCUACUGCCUUGUAUUCCACGCCUCACAAUAACCCAUUCCGUACUUUGCCCAAGGAUGCACCAGCCCGUGGCAAUAAGGAGCUUGGCGCCCGUGGGGGUGCUACUGCUGGUGGAUUCAAUAAUCGUGGAAAUUUUAACAGCAAUUUCCGGGGCCGCGGAAAUUUCAACAAUGGUCCUCGUGGUGGUGGAUUUAACCCCAACUUUUCGGGUGGGAACAUGGGCUUCAAUAAUAACAUGGGAGCUGGGUUCAAUCCGUCCAUGGGCGGCGGCGGCGGCGGCGGCUUUAAUGGUGGCUACAACAACCGUGGCGGCAAUAUGAUGCGCGGCGGAAUGGGUGGCAUGAGAGGUCGUGGAGGAAUGAACAACAUGAUGGGCAACAUGGGCAUGCCAGGUUUCAACCCCAUGCAAAUGGGUGGAAUGCCCGGCAACAUGGGUAUGGGUAUGAUGGGCAAUGGUAUGCAGCCACAAUUCAAUCCCAACUUCUUUGGUGGCAAUCAAGGCGGUGGCAACGACUGGCAACAGAACCCGCACGGUGCCAAGCGACCCCGGGGAGAGUAG